UAUACAAUUAAAGCGUUUUAUUAUUUGUCUUCAAACAGUUUUUUAUAUUUCACUUUAUUUUGAUUUUUAUAUAUUGUUUUUUGACACACAGUUUAAAGUUUAUGAAUUUAUACAAAUUAUGUCUGGUGGUAAAUAUAUAAUUGUAGAGUUUAUUGGAGAUGAAGUGGAGCCUGUUCCUUUAACAUGGUUGUCUGGAGAUAAAAAGUAUUGCUAUUGGCCGCCUUAUCAUAGUACUUCAAAGAUAAAAAAAGCUAUUAUCACUUCUCAAAUAUCUAAUACAGACAAUUGGUCUAUGCAUGAAGUGAUUCGUUUAUUUGGAACUGCAGAUACCUAUGAAAAAGCAAUAGAAAUUGCAACAAGGGCUGAGUUAACCUCCUCAACAGAAGUUGAAGAGGUUAAUUAUAAUGACUUAGAUUUUGAAGUACAAAGUCAAACAUCCAAGAUAAAUGCAUUUCAUCGUUUGGAAGAGCUUAACUUUGUCCACGAUGAAAGUUACAAAGAGGUUAAGGUAACGAAGAAAAAAAAAAUUACAAGUCUGUUGCCAAUUGCUUCCACUGUUCCUUCUGGCCUUGUUCCUGCUGCAAUUAAUUGCUCUACGCCAGAAUUGGUUGAAAUAAGGCCGUGUAUCAAUGCGCCCAAAAAGUUAUCACACUUUAUGUCAAAUAAUGACAAAUUAUCUCCAAAACAUUUAUCAGGUAUUAAUCAACAUAUGUUGAAACUGAUAGUUAAACAAAAGGAGGAGAUCAAGGAGCUAUGCACGGAAAUAAAAACUUGCAAUGCAAUGCUGAAUGUAGUAUUGUCAAAAUUAGGAUUAUGCUCAAACAACACAAAGAUUGGUUUCCUUGGAAUAACUGGUGGAACUGAUGUGAAUGAUACAGUUAGAAACGUGUUAAAAAGUUUAUUUACACACGAACUAGCUCUUAAAAUCAACUGGAUGGGGAAAAAUGGAAAAUACAGUUUUUGCUCAUUGGCCUUAACCAAUGUUGUAAUGCAAGCAGUUCUCUGCAAUUUUAGGGUAGCUAAUGCAACAAAUCACGAAAUAAAAAAUGCUAUUAUGAACUGGUUUCGCUAUGCCAAAGAUAGAAAACGGUGGCAGGACGCAACGUUUGAAAAGACCGCAUGCUGAUCCAGAUAGUGAAGAUGAAAACAAUGACUUUAGAUAAUCUACUUCUCAUUUGUUUAAAAUAAUAAUAAAGAAUAAUAAUGUUAA